UAGCGAACCAAAAGGGACCGAGAUCAGAUCUGGGAGAUACGCACUGGCGAGUAGAUUUGGGAUAGGCGUCAUCUGUUAAACUCAUUCUAGGCCGCGAAGAGUGAGGUGACCGGCUUAGAUCGCGCGAUAGAGCAAUUAAUCGAGAGUGCAGUAAUCCAAGAGUGGAUCCGAUUUUCGUUAAAAUUCCGCGAAUGGAAUUCUGUGGCAAGUGACAAGUGCUAUUCCGUGAAAAGAUCUGCAGUGAGAGUUCAGCGAUCACCAGAGGCAGUCUAGAGUUUCACAACCUGAGAAGUCCGAACAGUGCGCUGUGAAAACCGCAGCUUUUCCAAGAUCGUCCAUUCGUUCGCUGAAAUUACUGUCGCAAUAAUCGUUCAGAGAAAUUCCGUUCAGAAUUCCGACGCGCGAGAAGCCCGCGAGAAGAAGUGCCCGCUGCGGUGUUUGGGGUCAAGAUUGGGAAGUGUUUUAUGGCUAAGUGAAGCAGCGAUGACAGCCAACUGUUGGAGGAGUAAUUUAUGUCCGGAGCCGUUCCAGAUUUCGGCGGGUGCCCUACGGGUGGCAUCGAUACGACCGUUGCUGCUGCUGAUACUGACAUCGGCAGUUCGGCUGACGGCUGGCCAGCCACAGACCUACGAGGAUUGCGAGCACCCACCGGAUAUAGCCCAUGGCACUGCCCGAAUCACGGUGGAUCAGAGCGAGGAAUUCGUGACGGCACAUUAUAGCUGCAACGCGGGGUACAGGAUCGAGGGAGGAAAGACGACAUUCCGGUGCGAUAUCGAUUCGGACGAGUGGCAGAUUGGGGAGCUCCCGAGGUGCUUGAAGGAUUCGACCAACGAUGGCGGUGGCAGUUCCCAGCAGCAACAGCACCAGAAGAAACGCAAGGGCACCAAAGGUCAGCACAUCCAAGAGGAGACCGCCGUCGGCAGCGAGUUCGCCUCGCAGCUGGACCUUUCCUGCAUGGCCCAGGGUUUGAUUCAUGCACCCGAGAUAGACAAUGGCUACGUUGUCAAGUACAACAGGUAA